UCAAACAAGGAAGAUGAAGACAAAACUGAACACCUGCAAUGUACGGUCUCUGCUGCUUGUUUUCCUGGUGUGGGACCCAGCCAGGUUGGUGCUGGCUAACAUCCAAGAAGAUGAGGCUAAAAAUAACAUUACCAUCUUUACAAGAAUACUAGACAGACUUCUGGACGGUUACGAUAAUCGGCUUAGACCAGGACUGGGAGACAGUAUUACUGAAGUCUUCACUAACAUCUACGUGACCAGUUUUGGCCCUGUCUCAGAUACAGAUAUGGAAUAUACAAUAGAUGUUUUCUUUCGACAAAAAUGGAAAGAUGAGCGUUUAAAAUUUAAAGGUCCUAUGAAUAUCCUUCGACUUAACAAUUUAAUGGCUAGCAAAAUCUGGACCCCAGAUACUUUCUUUCACAAUGGGAAAAAGUCGGUGGCUCAUAACAUGACAAUGCCAAACAAGCUGCUUCGAAUCCAGGAUGAUGGGACACUGCUCUACACCAUGAGGCUUACAGUUCAAGCUGAAUGCCCAAUGCACUUGGAGGAUUUUCCAAUGGACGCUCACUCAUGCCCACUGAAAUUUGGAAGCUAUGCAUACACAACCUCAGAAGUCACUUAUAUUUGGACUUAUAAUGCUUCUGACUCCGUUCAGGUUGCUCCUGAUGGGUCUAGGUUAAAUCAGUAUGAUUUGCUGGGUCAGUCAAUUGGGAAGGAGACAAUUAAAUCCAGCACAGGUGAAUAUACUGUAAUGACAGCUCAUUUCCACUUGAAAAGAAAAAUUGGGUAUUUUGUGAUUCAGACCUAUCUGCCUUGCAUCAUGACUGUCAUUCUCUCCCAAGUGUCAUUCUGGCUGAACAGAGAAUCUGUGCCUGCAAGAACUGUGUUUGGAGUGACAACUGUCCUAACAAUGACAACACUGAGCAUCAGCGCUCGAAAUUCUCUCCCCAAAGUGGCUUAUGCUACUGCCAUGGACUGGUUUAUCGCUGUUUGUUACGCUUUUGUGUUUUCUGCCCUAAUUGAAUUUGCAACUGUUAAUUACUUCACCAAAAGAGGAUGGGCUUGGGAUGGGAAGAGUGUAGUAAAUGACAAGCCUAAAAAAGAGAAAAGUUCCGUCAUGAUACAGAACAAUGCCUAUGCGGUGGCUGUUGCCAACUACGCCCCAAAUCUUUCCAAAGAUCCUGUUCUCUCCACCAUCUCUAAAAGUGCAACGACGCCAGAACCCAAUAAGAAGCCAGAAAACAAGCCGGCUGAAGCCAAGAAAACCUUCAACAGUGUCAGCAAAAUUGACAGAAUGUCUAGAAUAGUUUUUCCAGUUCUGUUUGGUACAUUUAACUUAGUUUAUUGGGCUACCUACUUAAACAGGGAGCCUGUAUUAGGGGUCAGUCCAUGAGUCUAGACAUUGGUUACUUUUGGGCUAUAGCAACAUUACACUUGAUUUAUUUUGCUAUGUACAGUCUAACUAAUAACUGCUAAUUUAUGUCCCAAUAUGUACAGUAUGUAUAUAGUGGUAGAGCUUAUCAGUAGACCUCCUAAGGGGACCUGCAUUUGCUAACUCAUGGAAAUACAGGCAGAAAACAUCCCUUGCCAAAAGAACUGUUGCCUUUUAAAAGCGAUUUACCUUGGGAUUUAGUUUAAAGGGGAUUUCAGGUUAUGCAAUUUAUUUUCUAAUGUUCUAAUUAUGAUAAAAGUUGAGAUACAGUGUCACCCUUUGUGAAACCUUUGAAAUAGAUAUUACAUAGGAAAAAUCUCCUGUUACCUAUUGAUGAUCAGAGAUUAACAUUGGCACCCACAUGUGAGUUCUGCUGACUAUCUGAACAUCUGCACCUCUGAUCUGUUCCCUUCGGGAGUAUUCAGAACCCCUGCUAGUGUAAUGGAAGCUUGACACACAUCAGGAGAAAGCUAGAGAUGCGAAAGCAGUAAGCUUUUCCUUACUAUGUAGACUAUCUAUAGCCAUGUGCAUAUUACAAGCAUGACGAACUCACGUAACUAUGAGUCACAAUGACAGGAUGUUGAUUAUGCUGAAAUUUAAUAAUUAAUGGAAUGUCACGGCCGUCACAUUUUUAUCUUCUGAGUUUAUUUGAACAUAGUAACUGAAACCUAAGGCGCACUACACUCGUAGAUAACUACCUAACAUGAUAAAAAAAGAAGAUAUGUGGACUUAGUCUUUUCAGGUAUGUGUUGUCAGCUAAUUUUUUCUGGUGCUGGAGAGUGGGAGAAGGCAGCCAUCUUGGCGGCGAUGGAGCAAAGUUCCUUCAUCUCAGAUUAGAAAGUUGUGCCAAAAACUCCAAGCGAUGAGAAUUCAUAGGUGUCCCAGGUCCAGAUGCGCACUUAUAUGAUUCUCUGCUUUCCUGUUUACUGCAAAUUCUGCCUUAAGGCUUCUUCUCACUGGGACUCAGAAGCCACUAAUCAUAAAGGAAAGGGCAGUUCGUUGGCACAUUUUUCUGUCUGGAAAGCAGCUCUUUCGGAUAAGAAUUAAUAUAAAUCUGCUUUUGUAAAUUGCAACUUUAAAUUUCAUUGACUCGAAUUUACAGCAGCUUUGUAUACCAGAAGAGGUUUUGGUAAGAGUUGAACAUUUUUAAAUCACAACUUUAAAACAUCAUCAACAAAUUAUGGAUUGUGUCACACCACACACACACACACUAACACACACCACAUAGCUAAAUUAGAAAAUAAAAACAUGAUUUUCAAUUUUAUAUAACUACUGAUUGUUAAUGGGUAAAAUUUAUUUUUCUUUUAGUAUAUAAAGGUAUUUAUUUAUGCCCCUAAAAUAUGCUAAAGUUAAAUUGUUUCUGUCAAAACCAAAUUACCUUUGACUGAUAUGUACAUUAGCAGUUAUUAGUUGACUUUGAAAAUUAAGCGCAACUUCAUGAUGAUGUUUUUGUAGAAACCUAAGUAGUCAAAUAGUGGCAUUUCUUGCAAUUUUGUACAGUAUUUGAGUAUAGUGCCAAACAGGUCUGUUCACAAAAUCAAUAAAAGGGGCAUCUUCUGGAAAUAAGCAAACUCAAAAAAAUCUGCUGUUCUUUUGCUUCUUUCAAAUUUUUGAUUUUCUUUUCUAGUGCAGUUCUGUUACGUGGUUUGCAUGAUUGUAUUAAUACUAGGGCCACAGCUGCAUCUUAGUAACAAGACUCGCUACAAAGACAGCCAUGACGAUAAAAACUUCCUCACGCAAAGUAAUUCAUUAACCUUAAUAAAAUUAUUACAUGAGCCAAUAAAUGUAUUUUGUUAAUUCCCUUCUAGUUACAUCUUCUCUAUCAUCUAAAUAAUUUUAAAAUGUG